CGAAGAACAUUGGACCCUCGCGAAUCUAGUGGGCUAGUCAGCAGAAGCAGCAGACACAACUUUUACCAGGCUUGUGUUCAUUUACCCGAGCUGUACGGUCUUCAGUCCACAGCAAAGUUGAGCAGAAUUCAGCACCGGAGCUGUCCAGUCUCCGCGCCUCACGAACAACGCAGUUUGCGCGGCUGCGGAAUAUUUGUUUGACGGGGUUACACACUCUACACUGGCCGCCGCGAUUACACACGCAUAGCCUUCACUGACAAAAGCAAACCUUGAAAUGACUGCUGGCAACGCGUGAGAAGAGCAGAAGAAAUCGAGUCCCUAGUACCGGAGCACCAUCCCAUUUCCUUCAGCCAUGGGUGUGCUGAUGUCCAAGAAGCAGCAGGUGGAGAAGGUGCAGAAGUGCAGCGUGGUGGUGUCCGCAUUUAAAGACAGUCUGAAGGACCGGGCGGCCCCAGCGGCUGCGGCAGAGACUGAAGAGGUCAUAGCCGAGAACGGGGACGGAUCUACUGAUGGAUCCCACCAGGCCAACAAAGAGCACACUGAACAGAAAGACAAGGACAGCAAACCAGGGUCAUUACCAAAUCAGCAGGCCUCAGCUCCGCCCAGAGAGGAGCAUAAGGCCAAUCAGGAGGCUUGGGGGCGGCUCCGGGAUGGGAAGGGGGUGGAGCCUGAGGAUCUAAAGAAGGCACAUCAGCUCACUCCUCCAACGUUUGUGCGGCCAAAGAGAGAGGUCAACGAUGACCAACCGGUAGAUGUGCCGCUUGGGCAAAGAGAGCAGCCCAUCAAUGAUGAGAUAUGCGAGGUGUGUGAGGUUUGGACAGCAGACGAUCUGUUCCCCUGCCGGACGUGCACGCGGGUCUUCCACGACGGCUGUCUGCGGGAGAUGGGCUACUUGAGCACUGAAGCCCUGCAGGAAAUGAGAGAGACGGCCCACACCACCAGCGGCUGGAGCUGCUAUUACUGUGAUAAUGUGAACCUGCUGCUUACUGAAGAAGAGAUGUACAGCCUCAUUGAAACCUUCAAACAGUGCAAGAUCAUCCCAGAGUCGUGCCUGGUGUCAGAUGAACUCCUGCAGUACAGGCACUUUGUGACCAAGCAGCUCUUCGAAAGAGACUUGACCGAUGAGGAGGAAGAGGAGGUUCUGGCCCAGUUUGCAGCUCUGGAUCCAGACAAGAAGGGUCAGAUUGAGUGGUCUGACUUCCUCUACCAUGAGUCACUUUCAGUGCUGCAGAAAUUCCGGACUGAGAAUUCGCUGGUGAAAAUCAUCACAGCGAAGGAGAGGGAUCGAGCACGGGCCGUAUUUCAGAGUAUAGACCAGGACAAAGAUGGGAUCAUUACUGCCGGAGAAGCCAGAAAAGCCCAAACCUCCUGGUUCCACAAGAUUAACAAAGAAUCACAGUCCUGCAGUGUCAGACUCAUGGGAUUGUGUUCCCCUUUGUUCAGUAUGGGUAUCAGCCAUGUUGGUCCAAUAUCCGAGAGCAGUCCUGCCAGUUCCAGCAGCGAGAGAAGCAGAGAUAAAGCCAUGGAGAAUGACAACAGACCGGUUACCUGGGACAACUUCCUGAGGGAGAGUGCUAUCUACAUCCUGGCCGCCAGGUCCAACAGCUCAGCCAUGCACAUCCGUUUGCCACUCUAACCAUGGCCACAUAGCCUAAGACUUCCAGAAGGGCUUUCUGCGUCCGGAUUCACAAGAGAGCAGUGCUGAGGACUAAACCGAGAGUCACACAAGAGUCAAACGCAAACGAGUACGCCACCACAUGCUAAGACUGUACAAGCCAUCGUCAGAUCUACAAUCUAGCGUCACACUGACAAAUUCAACGCUACUGAACAAUCGCACAUCUGUCACCACUUCUUGAGCUUUUACGAGCUUGUAUGAUUUUGAUUGUUGUGACUCUGUUUCGAUUAGAGAACCUGCUGCGAGAAACACUGUCACACAUUAGCAAAUUUACAGCACCACAGUGUUUGCGUAGUGUUUUUGAUGUUAACGUGUUGUAUCGUUUUUGAGUUACGGCUCUAGCCAGAUGAGUUGAGAUCGAUGGAUCGAUAUGAGAGCAGUGGUUGAAUCAUUGCUGUCACCACAAAAUAUGAAUAUAAUAUAGUGGGCAACAACGGUGCCACACAGGAAUCGAAGUGAGAUGCUAUAUAUAUAUAUAUAUAUACUAUAUACAGUCUAUAUACA